CUCUCUCUCUCUCUCUCUCUCAGAGACAAUACUCACUCACCGAACCCAAACAAAACAAAACAAACAAAACCAAACAUUUUCCCUCUCUCUGACUACUCCCGACACUGUUUUAGAACCCGACAAAAGCAAGCUCUGUCUCUCUCUCUCUCUCUGGUGGCUCUGCAUGUAAUUCCCCUCAAAAGCGUUCCUCUUUGUGAAACCCCUUCCACUUUAAAACACUUCCAUUUAUUUUCUCACAAAUGGAAAGCCAGAACAAGUGGGAAUAAUAUUUCACAGUUUCCACUGUCACCCACACACCACAACCACAGAGCGCAGCCCUCAGAACCUGAACCCUUUUCCUCUCUCUCUCUCUCUCUUCAACAAGCUAAGACCUCACACACCCCAACGCCUUCACUUCCCCACUUCAAAGUUCUCUUCUUUUUCUAUCUUCAUCGUUUCCCAUUCCCUCAAUAAUGGACAAGAUCGUUGCUCUCUACAACCUUGAAGCUCGUGGCAUAGUGUGAACCCAACUUCAAAAGCUAACUCCUUUGCUUUGCUCUCUCCCUCUCUCUCUUCCGUACGUCUUCCUCUUCCUGAGGAUGGCCUGCCGGAAACUCAUCGCCGGGAACUUGGAUCCGCAGCGAAAGAGAAGUGGUGGAUUGAGGACUAAACAGGCGGGAAGAGGAUCAUGCCGCGGUAGUUAGGACUUUUUUGCAACACUCACCGGAAAAUGCAUGCUCAUCGGAUUUGAAGGUUUCUACUCUUUUCUGUUUCUUAUCUUCUGUUGGUGCAUGCUGCUGUUGUUGUUGUUCUUCCUUUAAGGUCAGAGGAAGGAAAAAGAAAAGGACUUUUUUGUGUGGUUUUGAGAAUACCCCGUUGGAAGAAAGAUGGGGUUUUUGCUGAAAGAAGCUUUAAAGACUCUCUGCGGUCGGAAUCAGUGGUCUUAUGCUGUGUUCUGGAAGAUCGGAUGCAACAAUUCAAAACUAUUGAUCUGGGAAGAAUGUUAUUAUGAACCAUUGCCAUGUUCUUUCCCUCAACCAACUUUUGGGAAUGGAGAAGGCAGCUGGUUUUCUUCCGAGUCUCGCUCGUCUCAGAUGGGGAUCCAAGAGGAGGACAGAGUUUGUUCUUUGAUUAACAAAAUGACAGUGAAUAAUUCAGUCAAUAUCGCAGGUGAAGGAAUAAUUGGACGCGCUGCAUUUACUGGCAACCAUCAGUGGAUUCUUUUCAACAAUUUUAGUAGAGAUGCAUAUCCACCUGAGGUAUAUGCUGAGAUGCAUCACCAACUUUCAGCUGGAAUGCAGACUGUUGCAGUGAUUCCUGUGCUUCCCCAUGGGGUUGUUCAACUUGGAUCUUUCUUGCCACAAUGUCAACCGCUACAGAUAAUGGAGAAUAUUGGGUUUGUAAAUGAUGUAAAGAGCUUGAUCUUGCAACUUGGAUGCAUUCCCGGUGCCCUUCUAUCGGAAGAUUAUUCAGGAAGUCCUUCCAUUGGAAGAGCACUUGCUACUGGCGGCUUGCCUGUCUCUGUCGAACCACCUGGAAUUCCCUCACAUUGCAUUCCAUCAGUAUCUAAUGGCUCAAAUGAGCAAAGUAACCCAUCUCAUGUUUCAAGGCCAACUGUUCAAACACUCUGUCCUAUAAGGGGAGAAAUGAAUAACUUCCAAGGUUCAGUAUUGACUCCCAAAACUCAUAACCUGAGCCAGAUAUCAAAUGGUUAUUGCCAACCAAAUGCUACUACAUUGAUUAAAACAAACUUUGCUGGCCGAAGUGAGAAUAGGGUUGUGGAGGCUGAAAUGAUACCCUCAAGCAGAGGUUCAUGCCUACAGCAGCCUUCUGUUUCAUAUAAUGCAAGAUCUGCAUUCAAUGGCUUAUCCAGUUUCGGUCAAUCAGUUGCAAGCGAUUGCAAUCUAAAAUAUAUGGAGCAACAAAUGAUGUCAGUCCUUGGGAAUCAAGGUCACAGUAAUCCUAGUAUAAAUGCGUCAAGUACAUUAAACAUGUCUCUACUAAAGACAGAUGGAGGCCAUAUACUUGAUCACAAUCAAAGUUCUAGCAGUGCUUCAUUACUUGCUGGAAUACCAAUACAUGGUGGGGUGAGUAGUCUUUUGAGGACAAGUCUUGUUACUGAUUCUGGUUUAAGAACUCCAGAUGUGUCUGUUGGUGAUUUAUCCGGAGCACAAGGGGGUGGGGUUGGAGUUAAAAGUGAUGGUUCAAGUGAAGCAGGUGGUUCUUCUCUGGCUAAUUUGUUCAGUCACUCAGGUUCCUUUACUGUGCCUCCACAAGGUUCUGAUCAGAAGCUUCUCUCUGUAGAUGUGAAGCAUGUUCAUGAUGCUUUACCUUCAAAGCCUGUGACUACCGGAGAUCAAAGCCCUGAUUUUGUCCAAGAUUGUGUUAAUAAACAUGUUACUGGUCAAUCUAUGGUGAAGAAUGUUAAACAAGAACAAGUUUGUGCUCAACCGUCAUCAGGUGAUGAUCUGUUUGAUAUUCUAGGAGCAGAUUUCAAAAACCAACUUCUGAGUGGAAACUGGGAUAAGUUGUUUGCUGUUGGAUCUGAAUCUAAUACAGAAAAUAUGGAUAAAAAGCCAACAUGUAUGAAUAUGCAGGGUAUGAACUCUGAUUAUUACUCUGCAAGUGAAGCAAUAUCAGAGAGUGACAUAUUUUCUGGGACAGGCACAGACCACCUCCUGGAUGCUGUGGUUUCAAAGACCAAAUCUGUCAUGAAACAGAAUUCUGAUGACAUGUCUUGCAGGACAACUUUGACAAGUAGUACCUGUUCAGUUCCCUCUCGUGCCUACAAGCCGGCUAUGCCUGAUCAUAUCCAGGGUGGGAUGUUUGGUAUUCCUAAGAGUGAGGGUAAAACAGGUGCUGUUGAAAAUUCCAUGAGGUCUGGAUGUAUUAAGGACGACGAUGGAAAGUGUUCCCAAACUUCUUCUAUGUUUGGGUCCCAACUUAGUUCAUGGGUUGAAAAUAGUAGCAAGCUUAAGCUUGAAAAUAGUGUUUCGACUGGAUACUCCAAGCGGCCUGAUGAAGUUUGCAAAUCGAAUCGCAAAAGGCUUAAACCGGGAGAGAAUCCUAGGCCUCGACCUAAGGAUCGCCAAAUGAUUCAAGAUCGUGUAAAAGAGUUACGGGAAAUUGUGCCAAAUGGAGCAAAGUGUAGCAUAGAUGCACUGCUGGAACGUACCAUCAAGCAUAUGCUUUUUUUGCAGAGUGUGACAAAGCAUGCUGACAAGCUGAAACAAACUGGGGAUUCAAAGGUAAGGGACAAUGUUCACUAUUGUACCCUAAAGUUCACUAUUGUACCAAUCAAACCUUUUAUUCAAAUAAAAUUUUUUGGUUUUGCAUCAUUUAUGCUAUAAAGGACUAUCAAAAGAAUCGAUGUAUAGAUAUUGUAGGAUGUGUAAGGAAGGGGGUUAAUGUGCACUUUAUACUCUUGAUUUUUCUAAUUAGGGCCCUAAAUUGGAAGUGUUAUAUCUAAAUACAUAAAAGCUUUAUGUGUGGUUUGUAAAUUAUUGCUACAA